AUGACCUGGGCUGACCUCAAGCCUGGCUCGGAUGCUGCUGCCAUUUGCGACUCCCUGGGUGUUUUGGCACUGCCCGAAGGCUCGGACCCAGCUCUUGUCCGACUUUGCUCUGAUCACCCGAGCCUUGCUGGGCCCAACUUGGGUGCUUCAGGCACCCUGGCUUGUGCCAAAAACCAGAAGGGUUGCGAUAAAGGAUACUGCUGGAGGCAGUGUGGCACCAAUGGUGCCGGUUGGUGGUGCUGGACCGCUCUGGGUGACGGCUCGGGCCCAUGGAAGAAAUGUGUAUCAGGUUCUGAUUGCCUAUCGUCGGACCCUUGCGGAUGGUCCAGUGGUGCGUGCCCCAAAUGUGGCUGCGGGUGUUAA